AUGUUGUUUAACAUUUUGAAAUCUAGAAGUCCAGCAGUUUUAAUUCGUAAAUUAUCUCAAUCUUCAUUUUCAAAUAAUAGUAAAGAUAGUCAAAAAGUUAUGGGAUGCAUUGCAAUUUAUGGAUUUACAGCUUUAGGAAUUGCUCAACUUGCUGAAAAGAACGAUAAGGGUUAUAUUUUUAAACAAUUGGGUGGUCAUUAA